UGCACUAAGCUUUUAUUACAAAAGAGGUCUGGAAACACCACAGGGACUGUCUUAUUUCAAUGAAGCCGAGGCAAAAGAGGUGUUUGAAGUUGCUCAGGAAAUAGCCGCUUUCAGUGAAGACAUAGCUGUUAUUUCUCCUUUUCUGGCGCAGGUAAACCUUCUUGAGAAAUACUUUGAUGGUCUGCCUAAGCCAAUAAGAGAAAAAGUGACCAUUUUGUCUCCAGAAUCAGUUCCAGGCACACAAUUUGAAAGUGCUCUGCUGAGUACUGUGAGAACCCCACGCUAUGUGACAGGUCCAGUAGACUUUGGAAGUUUGGAAGAAAGAAAAACUUUGAACUCUGUGUUUGCUUGUGCACGCUUACACAUUGUUGUGUUUGGAGAUCCAUUUCUUUUGUCAAAAGCAAACCAGAAUGGUGAUGUUUGGAAACACUAUUUUAGAAUUUGUGAUGAAAAAGGAACCCUUUCCCCAGAAGAUCUAUGUUUUGAGAAAAUUGACAACUUGCAAAUGUUUACCCAACUAUGUGCAAAGUAUAAGCCACCAGUGAUAAAAGGCAAACGUAAAAAGCUAUCUCAUGAUGGAAUCUCUGCGGAUAAAGGUGUUUUAAGUGACAGUGAAGGUGACUUUGGGGAAAUUGGCGCAGAGCCAGAUUCCUUGGCUGAAAAAGUUGUAAAAAACAUGAAGGUCAAUCUACAGAGGACAAAAAGUAAAUUGAAAACACCACAUCUUGAUUUUAAACGAGAUGAUGAAAAGCCAACUUCAGGUAAUGCCAAUAUCUUUGACAAUCCAAAUGACUGGAAAAAGGGUAGAAAUCUGUAUUGUGAAAGUGGUUUGGUUAAUGAAAUCAUAGAUGAUGAGGAUUUUCUAGAUGAAACUUAUCAGAAUUAUCUAGCUGAUAAGUACAUAGGAGACAAAGAACCAUUUUAUGAAGACCUCCCAAAAGAAGACCUGAGAAACAAAUUGCAAGAAUAUCCAGAGCAGUUUAAGCAGUGCAUUUUGUACCUUGAAACACCACAAAAAGCCUAUGCUGUACCUAUUGAUCAAACAGAGACUAUUCAGAGGAUAGAGUUGUUUGGCAGAAACAAGUGUGGUAUGGCUUUCAAUGAAUCUGAAGUUGUUGUUGAACUACUGAAUCCACCAGAGGGUGCUGAUGUGUACAUUGGCAAAGUCAUAGGUGUUUGGAGGCAAACUCAAGUGAGGAAGUAUGCAAGAUUUGCUUGUAUUGCAGACCAUUUUAGGGCUAACCUAAUGCUGCCAUUAUGCAACACUUUUCCAAAGAUUCACAUUUACAACAAAGAUGCUGAAAAUGAAAAUGAAGUUGCUAUUUAUAGCCUUGACAGCACAGGACAGCCAACUCAUAAAGAAACUGAACUGUUGAAUGUUCAUAGUCGUGAGCAUACAGUGUUUGUUGUUCGCUACCUGCAAUGGGAUCGAUAUCACUACUAUCCACUUGGUGUUGUUGUUAAGAAGCUUGCUGUGUCAGAAGACUGGGAAAGCAGAUUGGAUAUCUUAAAGAUACAGUACAACUUAAGUGAAAAAUUCCCUGCACAAGUGAAUGAUACCAUCACAGCAAUGUCCAAUGAAGAGAUCUUCAGUCAGCUUGAGGAGGACGAGGAUGGAGGUGCUACCUUCACUAUAGAUCCUCCCAGAGCCAAAGAUCUUGACGAUGCAUUGAGUGUAGAAUAUUUGGGAGGAAAAGACAUAAGAAUAGGUGUUCACAUUGCUGAUGUAUCUUUGAAAGUGAAGAAGAAUAAGGACAAUUUACAAGAAAGAAAUCCAAUUGACACAGAAGCUGAAAAGAGGGGAGAAACAUACUACCCAUCCAUUGAAGAUCCACCUGUGCCAAUGUUACCAGAGAAGCUGAGUGCUCAUGCUUGCAGCCUGAUUGCAGGCCGUGUGAGGCCUGUUAUAUCUGUUUUCUUUUAUGCAGACAGAAAAAGUGGUGAACUGUAUGCCGACAGGCCUACAGAAAUAAGGAGAACAACAAUCCGAUCACAAAGACAGCUAACAUAUGAAGAAGCAAAUGCGUACAUCAGUUCUUCAGAUGUCCCAGAAGAGGAUAAAAAAAUUGCAGUAGCUGUGAGACUGCUGUACAAAGUUGCCAAAAAACUUUCAGCAAAGAGACUUGGGGAUGUUCUGCUGGGUAGCAAGGCAAAGUAUAAGCCACCAGUGAUAAAAGGCAAACGUAAAAAGCUAUCUCAUGAUGGAAUCUCUGCGGAUAAAGGUGUUUUAAGUGACAGUGAAGGUGACUUUGGGGAAAUUGGCGCAGAGCCAGAUUCCUUGGCUGAAAAGGUUGUAAAAAACAUGAAGGUCAAUCUACAGAGGACAAAAAGUAAAUUGAAAACACCACAUCUUGAUUUUAAACGAGAUGAUGAAAAGCCAACUUCAGGUAAUGCCAAUAUCUUUGACAAUCCAAAUGACUGGAAAAAGGGUAGAAAUCUGUAUUGUGAAAGUGGUUUGGUUAAUGAAAUCAUAGAUGAUGAGGAUUUUCUAGAUGAAACUUAUCAGAAUUAUCUAGCUGAUAAGUACAUAGGAGACAAAGAACCAUUUUAUGAAGACCUCCCAAAAGAAGACCUGAGAAACAAAUUGCAAGAAUAUCCAGAGCAGUUUAAGCAGUGCAUUUUGUACCUUGAAACACCACAAAAAGCCUAUGCUGUACCUAUUGAUCAAACAGAGACUAUUCAGAGGAUAGAGUUGUUUGGCAGAAACAAGUGUGGUAUGGCUUUCAAUGAAUCUGAAGUUGUUGUUGAACUACUGAAUCCACCAGAGGGUGCUGAUGUGUACAUUGGCAAAGUCAUAGGUGUUUGGAGGCAAACUCAAGUGAGGAAGUAUGCAAGAUUUGCUUGUAUUGCAGACCAUUUUAGGGCUAACCUAAUGCUGCCAUUAUGCAACACUUUUCCAAAGAUUCACAUUUACAACAAAGAUGCUGAAAAUGAAAAUGAAGUUGCUAUUUAUAGCCUUGACAGCACAGGACAGCCAACUCAUAAAGAAACUGAACUGUUGAAUGUUCAUAGUCGUGAGCAUACAGUGUUUGUUGUUCGCUACCUGCAAUGGGAUCGAUAUCACUACUAUCCACUUGGUGUUGUUGUUAAGAAGCUUGCUGUGUCAGAAGACUGGGAAAGCAGAUUGGAUAUCUUAAAGAUACAGUACAACUUAAGUGAAAAAUUCCCUGCACAAGUGAAUGAUACCAUCACAGCAAUGUCCAAUGAAGAGAUCUUCAGUCAGCUUGAGGAGGACGAGGAUGGAGGUGCUACCUUCACUAUAGAUCCUCCCAGAGCCAAAGAUCUUGACGAUGCAUUGAGUGUAGAAUAUUUGGGAGGAAAAGACAUAAGAAUAGGUGUUCACAUUGCUGAUGUAUCUUUGAAAGUGAAGAAGAAUAAGGACAAUUUACAAGAAAGAAAUCCAAUUGACACAGAAGCUGAAAAGAGGGGAGAAACAUACUACCCAUCCAUUGAAGAUCCACCUGUGCCAAUGUUACCAGAGAAGCUGAGUGCUCAUGCUUGCAGCCUGAUUGCAGGCCGUGUGAGGCCUGUUAUAUCUGUUUUCUUUUAUGCAGACAGAAAAAGUGGUGAACUGUAUGCCGACAGGCCUACAGAAAUAAGGAGAACAACAAUCCGAUCACAAAGACAGCUAACAUAUGAAGAAGCAAAUGCGUACAUCAGUUCUUCAGAUGUCCCAGAAGAGGAUAAAAAAAUUGCAGUAGCUGUGAGACUGCUGUACAAAGUUGCCAAAAAACUUUCAGCAAAGAGACUUGGGGAUGUUCUGCUGGGUAGCAAGGCAGAAAGUGCUGUCGAAGAAUUCAUGUUACUAACUAAUAAAACAGUUGCAAAGGAAUUGCUCAGAAAGUACCGAAUGCAUGUUCCCUUGAGAGUUCAGCCCUCACCCAACUCUUCACAGUUGGAAAUGUGGAAAGAUUCAUUUGCAGAGAUUGCCAUGCAUUCCAGUAAACCAGGACAAUGGCUUAGAAGAGUAUAUCCUGACUUUGAAGACCCUAAAAAUCUACGCUAUAUGCCAAUUCGUCAGAGCACCUGGGAAGAAGCUCAUCUCAAAGCAGUGAACCCAGAUUGUCAUUUUGAAACUCUAAGACGCCUUUUUGCCUAUGAGGAGCUUCAUCCUCUGCAGUGCAGCACAUUUACAGCUUGGAUAGCAAUUCAAAGAAAAGCCAAAAUGGUUUGCUCUGGAAGUAUACCUGAUGAUGAAAUGGCACAUUUUGAUUUAGAAUUUUCAGAGUACACAAGGUUCACAUCUCCUAUCCGACGAUACAUUGAUAUUGUUGUCCAUCGUUUGGUAGUUGCAAUGCUUGAGGAUCAGGAAAAGCCACCAUACACUCAAGAGGAGAUACAAGAAAUAUGUGAUAGAGCAAAUAGCAGUGCUCUUAAAGCAAAGCAAUUUGAUAGAAGCUGCAAAAUGCUUAAAUUUUCUUUGAUGCUGAAAGAAAACAAAUUUAUGUCCAUCCUCCCAGUCGUGACAAGAAUUGAUGGUAGAAGCAUACAACUCACAACUCCCGGGCUGCAAUUUGUGUCACCAAGUUUAAUGCAGCUACCAUAUAACCACCUUGGGGUAUGUGAAAGACCAAGUGUCCCUCAUCAAGUUGUUGAGGACAAUAUGUGCACUUCCAAGGAAGUUUCUUUGAUCUGGAACAAGAAAAUAUUUGACAUAGAUUCAAAGGUGAAGGCAUCUUCCAAGAAGCGGUUUGAUAAGGAUAAGGUUCUUCACUUCAAUCCAAAUCAAUUCAUUUUUAAUGUGCCAAUUUCUUUGUGGGACCAGAUUCUUAAAGCUACCAAAAGAGAAGACAAAAUGUUGAUCAGUUUUGUGAAAAACUGUGACAAAAAUGUAAGAUCUUUCAAAGAAAACCACAGAGGAAGUCUAGCUCAUUAUGUGGACAAUGCAAGUGCAGAAAUGUUUCAUGGAAAGGAAAACAAAGUCAUUUCACAACAAAUCAAAUUUCAAAUUGACCUGAACCCAGGAAGUGUAGUCCAAGUUUUGCUUAGCUCAAAACUGAAACGUGGCAUUCUUCAACCCCACUUGGCAGCUUUUAGUCUGUCUGAGCAUGUUCACCUUUGUAUGCAACAUCGUGCAGAUCCUGUUGAUGCAUUCUGCAAACUGUCAACUGCUCGUCAUCUGGAGGAAACAUACAAAAAUGUGAAAGCCUAUCAAGAUACUCUGCUCUCUCUACUUCAGCUUGAAGCAGCUGUAAGUGCUGUUACAAAUGAUCAAUCAGUCAGUAUCCAGAAUGUUAGAGUGCAAUGGAUUAAGAGAGAAAAUAUCUAUUUUGGAAAAUUCAAGAUGGGGCACACUUUCUGUGAAGACAGGCACAUACGUCUCAACCUUCAAGAUGAUUCAUCAGAGGAUUUUCUUGAGAGUAAGUUGCGGGACACCAAGCAAUACUUUGACUAUCUGUGUAUUAUGUAUCCACAGCUACCUGCAGAGUAUCCCAUUGAGAGUGACAGUGCCAAGUUUGUUCUAGCCAGUGUGAAGUCCAAAGCAGCAAUGUGGAUUGCUCAUGGUUUGGUAUUACAUGUUGAACAGAAAGGAGCCUUGACUGUAUAUUUCAAGUUAAAAGGGAAUGAUGUGCCUGCUGUGAUAUUUGAGAGAAGUCAAGACAAAAACACUGCUCUGCCAUGCAUUGUGGAGAUCAUCUCAAAAACUUUGCCAGAUAGACGAAUGGAGUGGGCAGUGAGGGAACUUUCAGAUACACAACAUGGACAGCUGCCACAAAAGAUAGCACUGGGAAAUACUGACCUGAUGGGGAAUUUAGAAGGCAGAAGUAAAGAAGAAGUUGAAAGCUUUUUUCUAAAGCAUGAAAUAGAUCCUGAAGCAGAAGAAGAGCGUCUUGCAUGGAAAGAAGCAGAAGAUGAGAGAAUAGAGAAAAUGAAACAAAAGUAUGGAGUGGAGGUUAAACGACGUGCGAUCAACACAAUGAAGAACAGGGACCAGAGAAUUGCGCCUUACCUGGAAAACUAUCUUCCAAAAGCAAAUCCGAGACAAAAGGAUGCUUGCAAAGAGGCUCUACUUAAGCCAUUUGCCUUGAUUCAAGGUCCACCUGGCACUGGGAAGUCUUUGACUGGUAUUCGCCUCGUGUACCUUUUUGUUCAGUGGAACAGGGAGAAAUUUGGAAGAAAAUCUCCUAAACAAAUUCUGUAUUGUGGACCAUCUAAUAAAUCAGUGGAUGUGGUCACAGAUUUUCUGAAGAGAAAAUUUGAUCCAAAAUCUGUCAACGCCAAAGACAAGAGGCCCUCUAUAUGCCCCAGAAUACUCAGAGUGUAUGGUGACAGCAUAGUUCUUCAUGACUACCCUGUGCCAAAACAGUCUUUAUCGUGGACAGAAAAAGAGGUAGUUUCUACAUCUGCCCACAAAGAUGUGGCUCUUCAUCACAUCAUCAGGAAGAAAGGAAAGCCUAAUGCCACCCGGCUACUCAAGUUCGAUGCAGACUUCAAAAAGUUCUUUGAGGACCCAGUUAAGUAUGAUGUUUCAGAUGAAGAUUUAGAUAAAUACAGAAAGCUGGUUGCUAAGGCAGAAGAAGAAGAGAUCCGUUCUCAUGAUGUCAUCCUAUGCACAUGCACCACAAGUGGAACUCCUAAAAUAACAGGGGUCAGCAGCUUUGAGCAGUGUAUUGUAGAUGAAAGUGGAAUGUGUGUAGAAGCAGAGAGCCUGAUACCUAUUGUCUCAUCAAAAGCCAAGCAGGUUAUUCUGAUUGGUGACCACAAACAACUGAGGCCUAUCAUCAAGAACAACACUGCUAGUGAAUUUGGCCUUGCAAAGUCCCUGUUUGAACGCUAUGCAUCUUUUGCAGACAAUGGACCCGCCAAAGUUAUGCUUGAUUUUCAGUACAGAAUGCACCCAGAUAUCUGUCAUUUUCCAUCAUGGGAAUUUUAUGACGGAGAACUGAAGGAUGGGAAGGCGCUUAGUUUCACAGAAGAGUCAGCCUUGAAAGAUUAUUCCAACUUAGCUAAAGGUCUGUGGUAUCAAACCAAGGGAUAUAAAUUCCUUCAUAUUGAAGGAAAACAAGAGAUUGUCACCAUGCCAAAGACCAAUAUUCCAUCUAAGCAGAAUAUGGAUGAAGUACAAGAAGUUGGGUGGAUAUAUGAUAUUCUCACCAGCAGAGAUGGAUUAAAAAUACCUCCAACAAACAUCAUGAUCCUGACCCAGUACCCUGCUCAGGCCAUGGCCAUUCAGGAGAUGAUUAGGAAACUUGAAAAUGAAAACGUCAGACAUGUUGCUGACAAUCAGAAGAAAGAGAAUCCUGAAAAUGUCAAACUUGUUGCUGAUAUUCAAAAACCUGAAAUGCUGCAUAUGAAGUGGGACAUUGUCAUCUUCUCAGCUGUGUGCUCUCUUCCUGAAGAUGAGAUUGAUCAGUUUCGGUUAGAUGCAGACUGGCGAAAAAAACAGCUUGGACUUCCUCAUGUUGUGAAGGAGCAAAUAUGUGAUGUGGCAUAUAGAAGAGCAAGGAAGAAGAUAAUUAUGAUAGGAAACAAGACUUUGCUGAAGUGUGACAAAACAUGGAGGAGGAUUCUUCAGAUUUAUGAGAAGGAAAGAUGUGUCAUGAGUGCAAACGACUUCCUUUCUCGUGGUGUUAAAGAUAAACGAUUUUGGUUGGAGACAAGAAGAUACAAAUUUCUCCAUUUGGAAGGAGAGGAGGAAAGUUUAGUUAUUUCAACCAAUGAAGGGAGCGAAAUGUCAAAAAAGAAUAUGAAGGAAGUUGAAGAAGUGGUUAGAAUAUUUGACAUUCUCACCAGCAAAACUGGCCUGAAUGUCCCUCCCUCAACCAUCAUGAUUCUUAGUCAGUAUCGUGCACAAGUCAAUGCUAUCCGGAGCAAACUGGAAGGGAGAAACGCUAACGUUAGCACAGUGGUUGCUAGUCAAGGAGGAGAGUGGGACAUUGUGAUAUUCACCACUGUGUGCUCAAUCCCAGAAUAUGAGAUAAUUGACAAGUCAAAUAUUGGCUGGCUUAAACGGAAUUUGGGAUUUAUAGUGGAUGCUCACCAGAUAAAUGUAGCUCUAACGAGAGCCAGAAAAUGCCUGAUUAUCAUAGGGAACCAAAAGUUGCUGAAAUGUGAUAAAGUAUGGGAUAAUCUCCUACGGCAGUACCAGAAAUGGGGGUGUGUGAUGAAUGCAGAGGAGUUUCUUCCUAAAGGAAUCAAAAGCACCUUUUUCUACCAUGAUCUACCACCAAGGUUUAAAAAGAAGCUGCUUGAAGGAGAUUAUUACAAAGAUGAACCAGAUGAGGACUUUGAUGAAAACUUUGAUGAACCGAUCUAUGAUGAAGCAUAAGGUGUGCAAUAACAAGUGUCUCAAUAUGACUCAAAGACAGUGGUGAAAAUGGAACCCGUUAAAAAGAUCAGAAACAGUUUUUCAGUGGAUUUCUUUUAGUGAUAUUAUUUUUUAUUAAGAUGUAAAAAAAUUUGAAGGGCACAAGUAUCAAAAGUUAUUUGUAUUUUUAGAAAAAUAAGAGAAAAAUCUGUAAGAUCAAUUAAGGGAGACAGUUUUCUAUAUUUGUCACUUUAUACUAAGUAAGUGUACAUAUGGGAUUGUACAUUAAAUUUGUAUUCUUAGUACCUCCCCAUUUUUAUAACAUCUUUAUCCAUGUUCAUGGAAGUCAUUCAGAUAUUUAAAGUCAAAAGGUGUCAAAUGGAAUGCUUUAAUUCUAGCAUUAUUGUUUUUCAAAGUAAAUUUAAGGUAACUAUUUGCAAUAUGACCAAUUUCAAAAAAUCUUAAAUUAGAUUUUAUAUUUGUAAAUAAUGGCAUGUUGCCUGAAUUUAAGUAUUUUGUAAGGGAAAAUUUCUGUUUUGUUUAAAAAUAAUUUUGUCAGUCUUUUUUAGAUUUUUUAACCUUACAAUUUUCAAUGCAUAUGUUUUAUACAUGUAUACCAAAGUUUGUCAAGUUAAUUAUUAAGUUCACACCAAUUUUACAAUUUGACUUGAUUCCUUUGAACAAAUUCCUACUUAAUACAUUCCAAUUCAUGAUCAACUGAACAAAAUCAUUUUUUUUUUCAUCCCAAAGUUUUUAAAGACCUUUUUUAUAUAUGCUUUUUCACUAGAAUAGCAAACUUUAAGGCAUAUGACCAUUGC